AUGUCUGUUAAUGAAUCCGAUAUCGCGGAGCCCGCGGCCGCAACCAAUGGCGAUGUGAAGCCUGAAGCUCCCGUUGCUGAGAUCCAGACCGAAACCCCCAAGACAGAGGACGACUUCCCCAAUUCCGCGGCGGACGGUCUGAUCAAAAAGCCAUUCGCCCGUCCUCUCGAGACUUCGAAGCCCGUCAAGCCGGCAGAACUGACCGCGGACCAGCAAACCAAGUAUGAGACUGUCCUCAAGGCCGUCUCGGAAUGGACCACUGUGCCGAACACAUCUGAGAAGAACGCCCCGACAGCCCCGAUCACCGACGACGAGCGCAUGUGGUUGACCCGCGAAUGUCUCCUACGAUACCUCCGUGCCACCAAAUGGAAUGUGACAGAGGCUGAGAGCCGUAUCAAGCGCACAUUGACCUGGCGCCGCGAGUAUGGCAUGGAGAAAUUGACCCCAGACUAUAUCUCCAUUGAGAACGAGACGGGCAAGCAGGUCAUUCUGGGCUAUGAUAACAACGGUCGCCCGCUGCUUUACCUCCGUCCUUCGAAGCAAAACACCGAGAAGAGCGAACGUCAAAUUCAGCACCUGGUCUUCAUGCUCGAAAGAGUCAUCGACAUCAUGUGUCCCGACCAGGAAACACUAGCGCUUGUGAUCAACUUUGGCGAAUCCAAAUCUGGACAAAAUGCCUCCAUUGGCCAGGCAAAGGAGACCCUUUACAUUCUGCAAAAUCAUUACCCGGAACGAUUGGGACGUGCCCUCAUCAUCAACUCGCCGUUCUAUGUUUGGCCCUUCUUCAAGCUUAUCACACCUUUUAUUGACCCGCAGACUCGGGAGAAGAUCAAGUACAACGAGGACCUGCGUAACCAUGUGCCUCCCCAGCAGCUCUUGAAGUCUGUCGGAGGUGAUGUCGAGUUUGAAUACGACCACACCGUCUACUGGCCCGCUCUGAACAAACUGGCCGAGCAGCACCGUGAAAUCAAGCGUGAGCGUUGGAUCCAAGGUGGCAAGCAAGUUGGCGAGAUCGAGAACUACCUCAAGGGCGAGGACGUCCCCAGCGUGUCGUCGUGUGUCGAGGCAAACUGA